AUGAUGCGUGAUUCAGUUGAAGAGCAAUGUCUUCAAUAUUAUUAUUACUUUACUGUUUAUGAGAAACUGGUUUUUGGCCAACAAGUUUCAGUUUUGAUUAAAUCUGAUAAUGAAACCGAAGAUGAAAUUGAAAUCGAUCGACUUUCAGAUAUUGACAUGAUAGAAAAUCGUUGGCAUUCUCGAAAAGUAACAUUCAAUUCGACAUCGACUAAUUCCACUUUGAUCUUUCGUUUUGAAGUGACAGCAACUAAUCGAACUGAAGAUCCUACUUUAAAUAAAACAAUCUUCUUUGCAUUAGACAAUGUCAAUAUAUAUAACCGGAACUGUCAACAUGUAUUUGAGCCGUCUGUUAAUCAGACAGCUCCAUUUACAACCGUAUCACAGUCUUCAACAACAACAGAAAGACACUCGACGGAAGAAAUCACCCAAUCACCUUCACCAGCCAAAGAAAACAGAUUGGGUCUAAUUCUUGCUCUAUCACUCGGUGUCAGUGUUCCCGUUUUCAUAAUGAUUAUCUUGGGCAUGGUGAUAUACUCCACAGGUACAAAACCAGAAAUUGCAAACAAAGAUCUGGAGUUCAUACCUCUGGAAGAAGCAUUUGAAGCACGAGAUAGUGAUUCUUCCAUUGAAUAUAUUUCUGAAUCUUUUGAUCAAUGGUGA